AUGGAAGAAGUCAAGGAGGAUGGUGAUGAUACUACCACAGGCAUUGAUGAUGUUAAUGACAAUGUAGUUCGAAAGACAGUCCCUGUUCAUGGGAGGAUUUCAGGUCCUACUAGACGAUCAACUAAGGGAGGUUGGACAGAGGAGGAGGACAAAAUGUUGACCACUGCUGUCCAAAAAUUCAAUGGCAAAAAUUGGAAAAAGAUAGCCGAGUGUGUUCCUGAUAGAACAGAUGUUCAGUGCCUACAUCGCUGGCAGAAGGUUCUUAAUCCUGACCUUGUUAAAGGACCUUGGAGCAAGGAGGAAGAUGAACUUAUCUUUGAGCUUGUGGAGAAGCAAGGGAAGAAGAAAUGGUCAGAAAUAGCUAAAUACUUGCCAGGCCGCAUAGGCAAGCAAUGUCGAGAAAGGUGGUUCAAUCACUUAAAUCCAGAUAUAAAGAAAACUGCUUGGACGGAAGAGGAGGAGUUGGUUCUUAUUAGGGCACAUGGAACAUAUGGGAACAGGUGGGCUGAGAUAGCGAAGCUUCUUCCAGGCAGGACUGAAAAUUCAAUAAAGAAUCACUGGAACUGUUCAGUGAAGAAGAAAGUAGAGAUACUUGCAGCUUCUGGUGUUAAUCGAGGCAAUCAUGAUAGAAAAGUGGAGUGCAUGUCCUUCGGGCUAGGCAAACCUCUUGAACAAAAAGUUAAUCAGGGAAGAGGCACAAACCCUUUUUCACUGCAAUUGGUUCUUGGAGAUACCGAUAGAAAAGAAAGCAACCUAGCAAUUUCAAAUAGAGAAACUUGCAGAGUGGUGAGAAAAGAUGCUAAUGUUACAAUGAAAACAUCCUCUCUAACCAUGUUUGCUAAGAGAUAUGAUGAAGGAAAUCUCAUCAUAUUUCUUUUGGUGAUCAUGUGA